GCUUUGCAGACAUUGAAGGGUCUCCGCAUUCUUGAUUUGUCGCAGAACAAUUUAUCAGGUGAAAUCCCAAAGUUUCUGGUGAGCCUCCCAUUGCAAAUGCUGAAUCUAUCGGACAAUGUUAUGCUUAAAGGUGAAGUUCCCACCAGUGGUGUCUUCAGUAAUAUAUCUGCUGUUUUCGUAACUGGAAACAAUAGGCUGUGUGGUGGCAUAGCUAAGCUAAAGCUGCCUAGAUGCAAUUUUGUGAAGUCCAAGACAAGAAGAUCAAGCCAUAGGCUGAGGUUAAUUCUGCCAAUUCUCUUGGGGGUUCUUGGAGCUAUUUUUCUGGUGUUAUCUGUAUCAAUUUAUAUAUGCUGUUAUAGAAAAAAAACCAAGGAACUCGCAACUUCAGAUGAUUUGGAAGAUUUUCCGAAUAUGUCUUAUCAAUUCCUUUUAAAAGCUACAGAAGGGUUUUCUUCUAACAAUUUGCUUGGUUAUGGUUCCUUUGGAGUUGUAUACAAGGGAAUCCUCAAUGAUCAAGAUGGAAAAAUAGUUGCUGUCAAAGUAUUCAAACUUGAGCAUGCUGGUGCUUUUAAAAGCUUCAUGGCUGAAUGUGAGGUCCUACGAAGCAUGAGACAUCGAAAUCUCAUUAAGAUUGUAACUGCUUGUUCAAGUGUUGAUUAUCAAGGAAAUGAUUUUAAAGCUUUAGUUUAUGAGUACAUGAUAAAUGGAAGUCUGGAUGAUUGGUUGCAUCCAACACAAGCAACCAAUAGAAUUCAGGACGCGAAUCAUACACCAAAAAGCUUAAAUCUUUGCCAACGACUUGAUGUAGCAGUUGAUGUUGCUUUUGCCUUGGAGUAUCUUCAUCACAGUUGUGUUCCAUCUGUGGUUCACUGUGACCUCAAGCCGAGUAAUGUUCUCCUUGAUAGUGAUUUGGUUGCACAUGUUAGUGAUUUUGGGCUAGCCAAGUUCCUGGUCUUAGAAGACAUUGACAACUCUCAGCAGUCUAGUUCAGUUGGACUAAGGGGAACUAUUGGUUAUGCUCCUCCAGAAUAUGGCUCGGGUAAUGAGGUGUCUAUAUGUGGCGAUGUCUACAGUUUUGGGAUCCUUUUACUUGAAAUGUUUACAGGAAAGAGGCCAACUGAUGACAUGUUCAAUGACGGCUUGAGCCUCCGUCACUUUGUGGAAGCAGCAUUGCCUGACAAGGUUUCUGAAAUAUUAGAUAAUGCACUUCUUGAAGAAAUAGCUGUAGAAGAGAACAAUAGCACUAUGAUAUUGAAUGCCUUGAUUUCUGUACUUAGGACCGCACUUUCUUGCUCUACUGAGCUCCCUCGAGAAAGGUUGAAUAUGAGUGAUGUUGCUACAAAACUAUCAUCAAUCAAGGGCAAACUCUUACAAAGGAGAAAAUCUUCACUAAAAUCCAUGAAUCCACUUGUAUCACGCUUUGUGUUAUGUAUAGUCAUGUUUGGCAUUUUGUUAUGCCACCUUGGUUCUGCCAUUGCCAGGAACAAUGAGUCAGACCGGCUGGCCUUACUUGAAAUCAAAGCCGAAAUCAAUGACCCUGUUGGAGUUAUGAGGUCAUGGAAUGAUACAAUCCACUUUUGUAACUGGUAUGGGAUUAGCUGUGGUCGUAGGCACCAGAGGGUGAUGGUGUUGGACCUCCAAUCGUUGAAGCUCACAGGUAUUCUUUCUCCUAGUAUAGGAAACUUAAGCUUUCUUAGGGUGUUGAACCUCCAAAGUAAUACUUUAAGUGGAACCAUCCCUUCUGAAAUUGGUCGUUUGCGUAGGUUGCAGUAUCUUUUGCUUGGUAAUAAUUCCAUUGCAGGGGAAAUCCCAUCAAAUAUUUCUAGCUGUUCCAGUCUUAUUCAGCUGGACAUUUUUAAUAACAGGCUGGUUGGAAGACUUCCACCCGAGCUUGGUUUCUUGACACAGCUUCAGUAUAUUGACUUGUCCAUGAACAAUUUGACAGGAACCAUCCCUUCAUCUUUUGGGAACCUAUCAUCACUUGUUGAGCUAUAUGCUGCCAGAAACAACUUGGUUGGGAGGAUCCCAGUUAGCCUUGGGAAACUGACCAACAUAUCCGUUCUUGCAUUAGGCGUUAAUAAGUUGUCUGAAACAGUCCCAUCCUCAAUCUUCAACCUCUCUUCCAUGACAAUUCUAGAUUUAGGAGAGAAUGAUCUAGAAGGAAUUCUCCCUUCAAAUAUAGGCAUCACUCUUCCACAGCUCCAAGCAUUAUCCCUAGGAAAAAAUAGAUUCACCGGACCCAUACCUGCAUCAAUAUCUAAUUCCACAAACCUAGAAUAUCUUCAAUUGCCUUCAAACAGUCUUCUAGGUACAGUCCCGUCUUUGCACAAUUUGGGAAAGCUUACUCGUGUUAACAUAGGCAAUAAUUUCCUUGGGUUGGGCCAAGCUGAAGAUUUGAACUUUAUGUCUUCUUUGAUCAAUGCCACCAUGUUACAAGUCUUUGUCAUAAGUAAAAACAAUUUUGCAGGAAAAUUUCCUAGAGCUAUUUGCAAUUUUACAAAGCUUUCAUUUUUAGGAUUUCAGCUAAAUAACAUAGCUGGACAGAUUCCAAAUUGCAUAGAAAACCUAGCAGAUUUGCAGUACAUUGGUGCUUUUAGAAAUCAGCUCUCUGGUGUUAUUCCAAAGGAAAUAGGGAAGCUCCAAAGUAUAGUUGAAUUAGAUUUAACUGAAAACCAUUUGUCAGGGUACAUACCAUCUGCAAUUGGGAACUUAACCAAGUUGAAUGUUCUUCAACUUGCUCAAAACAAUCUUGAAGGUCAAAUUCCCUUAGGUUUAGGAAAUUGUAGGAACCUGAUAGGAUUGGAUCUUUCUCAAAACAAUCUAAAUGGCAGUAUACCAUCACAAAUUUUUAGUCUCUCCUCUUUGUCCACCGGACUCUUUCUGUCUUAUAACCACUUAACUGGAGUUCUUCCGGAGGAAGUUGGAAAGUUAAUCAAUCUGGAGAACUUUGAUGUUGCUGAAAACAGGCUCAAGGGGGAACUUCCAAGCAGUUUUAGUGCUUGUAUACUUUUAGAUUCCUUACACUUGGAGGGGAACUUUUUCCAAGGUGCCAUUCCGCAAACUUUAGAAACCUUAAAGGGUCUUCAUGAGUUAGAUAUGUCAAGGAACAAUUUGUCUGGUCAAGUUCCAGAAUUUUUGGUAAGCCUUCCGUUGCAGGUACUAAAUUUGUCUUUCAAUAACCUUGAGGGACGAGUACCCACUGGUGGAGUCUUCAACAAUAAAUCUGGUGUUUCAGUGUCUGGAAAUACUGGCCUCUGUGGAGGUAUACCUAAAUUAAAGCUUCCUAAAUGCAAUUUCAAAAACAUUCAGGAAGGUAGACGGAGCCACAGAUUCAGAUUAAUAAUUGCAAUUGUAUCAGGGAUUUUUGGAAUUAUCUUUCUGGUGGGCUUUGUAUUUGGGUUUGUUUUUUGCUACAGAAGGAAGGAACCCAAAGCUUCCCAUGAUUCAGAAAGUUCAUUUCCUGAAUUCUCUUACCAAACCCUUCUAAAAGCUACAAAUGGGUUCUCUUCUGAAAACAUCAUUGGCAGUGGAAUUUCUGGGGUUGUAUACAAGGGAGUGCUAGAUCAUGAAGGCAGUGAAAUUACUGUUGCCGUUAAGGUAUUUAACCUGGUGAACCAUGGUGUUUCCAAAAGUUUCAUGGCUGAAUGCUGUAUCUUGCCGAACAUCAGACAUCGGAAUCUUGUUAAGGUGAUGACAGUAUGUUCAAGUAUUGAUUAUCAGGGAAAUGAUUUUAAGGCUUUAGUUUACGAGUACAUGGUAAAUGGGAGUUUGGAUGAUUGGUUGUAUCCAGUAGAGGCAAUUAGCAGGGCCCAGGACACAAAUGUUGGGUUAAGGAAGUUAAAUCUUCAUCAAAGAUUAGAUAUAGCAAUUGAUGUUGCUUUUGCUUUGGAGUAUCUUCAUCAUCGUUAUGGUACACCUAUUGUUCAUUGUGACCUCAAGCCAAGCAAUGUUCUCCUUGAUGAAGAAAUGGUUGCACAUGUUGGUGACUUUGGAUUGGCCAAAUUCUUAUCAAAAGACAUUAGUAACUCUUUUGUGAGUGAGUUCAGCUCUUUUGGAAUAAGAGGAACUAUUGGCUACACUCCUCCAGAGUACGGUAUGGGAAAUGAAUUGUCUACAUAUGGCGAUGUCUAUAGCUUUGGGAUCCUUUUAUUGGAAAUAUUUAUUGGCCGUAGGCCAACCAGUGACACGUUUAACAGAGGCCUAAGCCUACAUCAUUAUGUGAAAGAAGCUUUGUCUGGGCGGGUGACUGAUAUUCUAGAUCAUGCUCUUCUUGUAGAUAUAGUAAGUGAGGAGAACACUAAUACUAUGACAUUGGAGGCCUUGAUAUCCUUACUUGAAAUAGCCCUUUCUUGCUCUGCUGAGCUUCCACAAGAAAGGAUGAACAUGAGUGAUGUUGCUGGAAAGCUAUCAUCAAUCAGGAAAAGCUUGCACGGAACUCAUCUAUUGGGACAAAGCAGAGACUCUAGUGGGUAACAUUCUACCAACUGCAUG